UCCGGCUUCAGUUUGCACCGAAGCCCGACCGCGUACGGACACACGCUGCACGCGUUGCGCGCUUUGCGUUUCAUCCACAACGUUUUUCGUGGUGACCGUAGCCACAAGACGACGACAACGGUUACGUGGUUAGUUGGGAGUGUGUCCAGCGAUGUUCCUAGUGCUAGCUAGUUCCAUUUGCCGUCCCAUUUCCUAACACAAGCGGUGAAUCUCUAGAAAGACAGCACUCGGGUGUAAGGUCAAGUGCCGGAAAAGUGAAGUUGAAGUUACCCAUCGAACAUCACCACCAGAACUCCACUAGGUCGUGGACGCCGAAGUACUAGGAGUGUGCUGAUGUGCUGAUUAUGGUUUAAUGUAGUGAUACGGCUCGAGUGAUACUUAGCAGAGACUUCUCGGCGAAUACGAAAACCUAUAAGACGUGUGUCUGUGUCUAUGUGAAUGUGUGUCUUUUUUUGUGUACAAAAAUGAGCAACCGGAGCAGGAUUGUAGUAGCAUCUAGUGGUACGCACUAGUGCUAGUGUGCGUGUAGGAUAGUAUUACCGAGAAAUUGAAUGUGCGUGUGUGUGUGUGUGCUUAGUGCUCGCUGCUUAACCUUUUGCGCCCUGUUGAAACGACAAACCCUACCAUUACCCGUCGGGCGCUCAAGUGGCGUUACAGAAACACAUACACACACGCUGAAGUACACAUGAGCAGCUUUGCCGCGGUAGGCCGCACGAUGCGCCUGAAUGGUAGGCUAACCGCAGCCGUCCUAUUACUGCAGGCGUUAACGCUUGCCAGAUGUCUGCAGCUGACGGAAAUUACUGUGCCGGAUGUGGUGGAUGUCCGGGAGACAGUUACACUCUCCUGCAGCUACGACAUGGGCACGCAUAAGCUGAACUCCGUCAAAUGGUACAAAGACGAACGAGAGUUCUUCAGGUACUCACCGCUAAUGCCAAAGAGUUUGAUGCUGUUCGAUGUGGAGGGCGUGACGGUGCUGCAGAACUCGACUGGCCAGAUCUGCAACCAGUUCAUGUGUAGCAUUCAGCUGCACCGGCUCAACAUACGGUCGAGCGGAUCGUACCGGUGCGAAAUAUCUGGCGACGCGCCAGAGUUCAAGCUGGCGCACGGUGUCGGCAACAUGACGGUGGCCGUCUAUCCGCAGUUUGAUCCCAUCAUCAACGGGUUACAGCACAACGGGGUGCAGCACAACUACGCGCUCGGCGACUUUGUCGUCGCGAACUGCUCGUCGGAUAUGUCAAGCCCACCGGCCCGGCUCUACUGGUACAUCAACGAUCGCAAUGUUCCGUCAGAUUACCUGCAGCCGCAGCACGAGUCGACGGUCGAGAACGAUGGAUUUCAGCUGCGGCAACGGACGCUCGAGAUCCGGUUCUACAUCGACGAGAAGCGGCUCGGCAAGCUGAAGGGCAAGCUGGUGCUCAAGUGUCUCGCCCGAAUCGACGCCAUCCCGCAGGCGACGCGCGAAUCGACGCAGAUCAUUUACAUCCCGACGACGGACGAGCUGCGCAACCAGAAGCUGAUCAACUGGCGUGGCUCGGACGCUUGCUCGUUACAGCACGCUACGCUCGCCCGGUUGUCUGUACUCUUCACCGUCACGCUUGGUGGUUUCAGGUGGUUCGUGUAAUUGCAGACAUGCGUGUAUGAAGUAAAUCACAUCGCACACACAUCACAUUCCGUUCGUUGCUGGAGAGAAGCAGAAGAAUCAGCGGAAGCAUCAGCAGCUGCAGUAGCAGCAGCAGCAGCAGCAGCAGCAGCAAAGUAAGUACAUCCAGUAUACAAACUAGCGCAUGCCAGUGGUAGUUGAAGAACUAUUAGUAGAAAAAACCCAGAAAAGUUCAUCAGGGUGCGUAUCACGGGCAAAAUAGCAAUGCAAGCAAGCAGUCGAAGAAAUAAGGAGAAUUGUGUGGAUAUAAACAUGAUUCACGCAAGCACGCAUGAGAUGAAGUAAAAAGAAGGUAAAUCAAAAUUGAGAUUUCUUAUCCUUGUUAGUACCGUACCAGUUUAUGCUCGGUUGUUGAGUGAUCUCGUUGAGUUUCGGACUAAGUUGCGCCAACACUUUUACCAAUUUACCCUGUUGCAUUUAACGCGAACGUUUACGCAUACUAUUAAGAGUAAGGAUUGGAAAACAACGUAAAAGAAGCUUGGAAGAUGGCAAACAAUAAGAGAAAAAUUAAGUAAACAAAUAAAAUAAGAAAAAAAGGUAACCAACACGGAUCGAUAAACGCAUCAAAAUGAUGACCAGUAGCAGGGGAAAGUAGGCGACAGAGUUGAGAAAGUGAACACAACAUUGUCAAAUUGAAGGGAAAACGCAGUAAAAUGUAAAUAAUUAAUCACUUGGCUUCGGCCCACACCAGAGCUAGGACCGGCAUGCUUAGAGAACGGGGAGAGACAGUGGAAAUAAUGCAAAAAGGGAAAAUUGGUAUCCUGGUGCGCUCGAAGUCUCAAAAUAAGGACAACCAAAUUGAAAUCGGUUUGGUUGACGCGACUUGGAAACAAUAACAUGUUGCUGUUUGAAAAUGGCACUCAGUGUGGGGCGAAAAAUAUGAAAAAGAGGCAACCGCAUCCUAUCGCCUGUCGCCUGAGUGUAAAAAUAGCAAACACAAAGAAAAGGAAAACAAGCGAUUUCCAAGCAGCGUUUUAGAGAGCCCUAACGAGCGUAUGGGGAAAUCCUGCAGCAAUGGUGGCAGUCUAAAAACUAAAUUCUAGAACAAAACAGAUCAAAUAUACGAAGCCGGAGUUAGAUAGUUUCAUAGGAUAUUUUUCUACAGUUUAGUUAAUGACAAAUGUUGAUGGGUUUUGUUACGGCGAACGUGUUGAUUUGUGGCUCGCGCGUAUGUCUGUGUGUUUGAGAAAGAGAGAGAGAGAGUAUGUACGCUUGGUGAAACAAAAACAAACUACUCAGAAUAAAAAAAAAAAAACAGAAAGUGCUGCUGAGUUGAAUGCAGCACAAGCCAAAAUCAGAAUACUUGGAGCUAUAUGCAUGCGGGUGUGCGUGUUUGUGUGUGCGUGUGUUACCAUCAUGGCCCGAUAUGGUGCAGUUAGUAGAUCUGGUGCAGUUGAUGUGUUGAUCCAGGAAUGGUGAAAAGCAACAACAACAAAAAACGCGCUUUCAAGUUUAGAAGUUUCUAACACAAAAAAAUGCUAACACAAAGCAUGUUGAUUUCUCUCGCUCAAUCUCUCACUUCCUGGCCUGCCAGUGCCCCUUGUCAGUGCCCCCUGCCUUCCGUUGGGAGUUGGAACAGGGAUUGUAGAUUACUCGGCGAGUGUACGACGCGUGAAAUAUGGGCCCCUUUCGGCCAUGAUGGAUGAAUAAUGUCCAGGAUCGUGCCCACCCUCGCCACGUGUGGACUGGUUUUAUUUUGUGAUGCAGCUCAACAUCAGCGCAAAAUAUGGCAGGGAAGAAAGUACGUGUGAAAGAGAGAGGGAAAGAGAGAGAGAGAGAAAGAGAGAGAGAGAGAGAGAAGAAGAAAACGGAAAAACGCACUAUUACGCACUCCUCCUUUUUCUGUGUGAGUGUGGCUUAGCUAGUCGGGAUGAUGGAAUCACUCUUGCCCAUUUCUAUAUAGAGCGUCGCUGCUUCAUACUGACGCUAAAUGAUCUAUUGCUUUGCAGUUAACUUUUUUCGGAUCGGGCGGACAGCCGUGUUAGGGCGAGUUGCAUUCCGCACUUCCUUGCAAAUGGUUCCAAAUGCAGAGAGGCAGAGAAAGAGUGAGAGCGAAAGCGAGAGAAAUAACGUUUCGUGUAGGGGUGUGUGAGAAGGAUAGAGACAGCUGAGAGAAACUUAACCGUACUUCAAUGAUUUCAACCCGCCAUCGCUCUUUUUGAGGCAAGUGCGGAAGCGCGUUGUUGCGAGUACCUACUACCUUUAGCGACCUUUUCCAGCUGCGUAUCUGUACGUCGGAGUGUGUAUUUAUGUGUGUGUGUGUCUGUUUGUAAAAAAGAUCGAUCAACAGCAGUGGCAGCAGUUACGCAAGCGGCCGAAGGGCCUGUUCGGUGGGUUGCUGAACAUUUUCGAGCACGAAACAGCACGAAAUGUCACUGGCAGAGAAUCCCCCAAACGGUUUCCAGAGCUUGUCGGCAGCUGUCAACGUGUCAAAGCGUUUUCGUCCGUUCAGUUUAAAGGACGGAUAGGCGAAAGGCAACAGCAGCAGCAGCGGUAGCUGCAGCAGCAGCAGUGUCAGCUUAAAAUGAGUUUUGAGGUCCGCUGGUCCGCUGGCCAGGUCUGAUUGUUGAGUGGGGGGAAGGGACACAUUGUGCCGUCUCUAAUGGUGCGCCCGUUGCUGGGGAAAACCGUUGUACCGUCCCAAUCGCUUUGACAAGUGGAAACCCUGAAACUGGUCGUCGCCUCCUAGGCGCCAUUUUUGAGUAGUAAUGAAGUAGUGCGGGGGUUGUAUGAAGGUAGUGAGCUAUAUGGACGCAACCACAGUUUCACCCUUCCAUGCGGACUCUAUUGCUAACCGUAACACGCACAACCACGCACACAGAGACACCAAGAGACUAAUCGUCUUCAAGAUGGCCGGCCUGCUGGUGCAAGCGCUGUGAGAAUGACUGCCGGCGUCCCUCAGCAACAUAACUGGCUAUCGUAUUUGAGCCUAUCCGAUUUGAUAGCCAUGUUAUACAGAGGUCUUAAAAAGCACACUCCAAGUGUUUUUGGGAAACCCCACUAAACAGAGAAAACAAAUCAAAAGUUCCACAUUACCAAGCGACAUUACAUGACUCGCGUGGACUGGUUAGCACGUUCGCGAAUGCUCCAUUUAGGAAACCGAAACUGGCAGCGGGUUGAACCAACCGGCGGGAACUACCUGGUGGUGGUUCAGGCAGUGGGAAUACGAGGCCUUAUAAUUUGUAUAUUUAGUACAUGUGGCAUAUGGAAGCAACAAAACAAAACAAAAAAUAACACACACUCCAACACACUUCUAACAUACACACUCUAUGUGGAAUAGGUUACACAACGUGCUAAGGCGAGCCUUCAGAACUAGCAAAACGCUUGCAAGAAUUGCUUUGCAGUUGAAGGCCGCUUGCGUUGGUUUAGUUGUUUGUUUUAACACCUUUUUGUCUUUUGAACAAGUUUUUACACACAGAUUGAUGUGUGGCAUACGUCAGCAUGUAUAAAUCGAUAGGUGUAAAGGUCUGUAACACCGAUAAAAGGUGUAAUAAAAAAAAAACUUCCACUUUGAAAAUACGUAAAAAGAUGGAAGUAUUAGAGCGGGACAACACCAAAGGAUAAAAAGGGGAGAAAUUUGAGAAGAAAAAAAAACAAACAUACAAACAACCAAACCAGAAAACAUACUACACUCGUUCGUGCAGAAAAAAAAGCAGAAAAAAACAAAAGUAAGUCAAAUUAACAAACUUUCAUUGCUAAGUAUCUACCGCUGUUUGUAAUUGAAAUGCUACAAUUUAUGUGUAUGUGUGUGUAUGCGUGUGUAUGUGGAGACGGGAGCGAGUGUGAUCAAUACCGGACCGGUGGAAGGGUUGAUUUGGAGGAUGUUUUCUUAUACCUAAAAUAAGCAAUGCUACCUUAUCAGAUAUUUAUUAACAAAACAAGAGAAAGAGAGCGGAAAAGAAUGCUAAGCGCGCUACUGGCACAAAAAGAAAACGUUACUACAUAAAAGAAUAGGCAUACAAAAUCCUUACAAAAAAAAAAAUCAAGACAGAAAGCAAUGAAGAAAAGUUUGCAUAACCGAGAACACAUCUAAACGAAA